UUCUGCUGAACUUCUCCAGAGUGACGGGCUCUUUCCGGAGUGACGGGCGGGAAUCGUUUCAAGUGUGCGGCCACGAAAGCCAUGUAGCAAUGUUAGAUAAGGAGCUAUAUUUUCAUUUAUUUUCAGUUUUUAUUAUCAUAAGGUUUCUGAGUCUGGCGACAUGGAGUCCGAGACGGGACGAGGCAAUGGGAUCCUGCGUGCGGUUUGAAGACCGAGGAUGUUUUUGUGAUGGUGGACGGACUGGUGCCAAUCAUGGAGCCUGAGCUGAACUGCAGCUCCCAGUGCGAGUCCCCAUUUUGCUUCAUCCAAUCAGGAGUCAACAGGCAGGAGGGCCUCGACGUUCUGCAGAGGCUAUGCAGUCUCAGCACGAUGGCAGCAGAGCUCCCGAGGCGCUCUCUCUCAUCGGUGCUAACUGCUGUGGUGUGGACGCUCCUCUCCUGUGGGAUCCUGUUGGCAUUUUGCUUCCUCCUUUUCACCUUGCGCUUCAAAAACAACAGGAUAGUAAAGAUGUCCAGUCCCAACCUCAAUGCCCUGACUCUCUUUGGAAGUGUCCUCACCUAUAGCAGCGGUUUCCUGUUUGCCAUCGAGGAAAGCAGAGCAUCUAUAGCUGUGCUACAAACUCGCAUGUGGAUGCUUUGUGUCGGCAGUACCCUGGUGUUUGGCCCAAUUUUGGGGAAGACAUGGAGACUGUACAGGGUGUUCACACAACGAGUGCCGGACAAGAGAGUGAUAAUCAGGGACAUCCAGUUGAUGGGUAUGGUGGCUCUGUUGAUCCUGUUCGACAUGCUGAUUCUCACUGCUUGGAACCUCACCGACCCCAUCAGGUGCUCACGAUCUAUGGGAGCUGUUGUCAAGGUGAGAGAAAGAGAUGUUUCCUACUCGUUGUCGCAGCUGGUUUCUUGCUCUUCCUUGUACUCAAAUCUGUGGAUCAUUAUUGUUGCUGUCCAAAAGGGUUGUCUUCUCCUCUAUGGCACUUAUCUAGCUGGACUGACAAGUAAUGUCAGCCAUCCCCCGGUCAACCAGUCUCCUACAAUCAUUACAUGCGUCACUUUGGUCACCUGCUCCUCCGCCGUUGCCAUCCCCGUGUCCGUCUUCCUGCAGACUUGGCCCAACCUGGUCUACAGUACUGUGGCUGGAGCCAUCUUCAUCUGUACGCUGGCUACAAACUGCAUGCUGUUUGUGCCUCAGCUGACCCAGUGGCGACAGUUUGAAGAAGAUCAGAACAACCCGAGUCAGAUGGCCAAGUAUUUCAGCAGCCCCAGUAAGAGUCAGCCAUCUGUGUACAGUCAGGAUGAAAUCUUCUACCUGCUGGGGGAAAACAGCUCAAUGAAGAAACUCCUUAAUGAGAAGAACGCCGUGAUUGACAGUCUUCAGGAGCAGGUGAACAACGCCAAGGAUAAACUCUUGAGACUCAUGUCAGCGAGCCAGCACCCUGAAGACCAAGACAUGGACUCCUCUGCCACUAACCUCAACUCCUCCUCCACCCAGACGACCGAGCUCCAGUCGGAAGGCCCCUCUACUUGUUCUCAAUCUCAGAAAGACACUAAAUCAACACUCUCGCCCUCUGCUCUCUCCCCUCACCUCACUGCUGCUCAUGGUUCAUUAUCUGCUGUUACACCGUCCUCUGCUCCUUCCUCUGUUUCAAACUACUCUGCUCCCAUUUCUGUUUCCUCCCCUCUCCCCACCAAAAUCCCUGCUUGUGAAACUCAAAACAAUGCAUCUGCUCUCAAACGGGACGCAUCCCUCCCAUUUAUGGGUUUACUCAGGACAGCAGAGGAGACAGUUCAGUUUGUGACCUCUCUACAGUCCCGACGAGGGUUGAACCCCUCUAUGGCUGAAACCUUUGGUAGUUAUAGUGGCCUGACUCUUCAGGCGGGACCAAAUAUCAAACCAGCUGGUUUUGUUAGUAGCGAACAGUUGCAGGAGAUCCUUCAGGAACUCAACGUGGAUGCAAUCAUGGAAACCACGCUUCGAUCUCCCGAUCAGGUGCCCAGGAUACCUUCUCAGCAAAAGCUGACCAGAGACUCUACACUCUCCCCUCUCUCCCCACGGACACCCUGCUCCCCUCCCUCUCCUGCACUCUUUCGCUACCCUAGCAUCUCGCCUUACACCAUGAGAAAAAGGCGGCGGCCCUUUCACGCCUCCAGAGGAGGUUUAGCUUCUCCCUGCUUCUACACAGGCUCUGAGGUUCCUGGCUGUGCAAGAGCAAGAGACACAUGUGCGCUCCAAAGUCCAGAAGAUAUUACUGUGGAUGAUAACUGUAUCCCACAUCACAACAGUGACCUUGAAGAGGGAAAGGAGGAGGAGGACGGAAAAGUGCAUGAAGUAAUGAGAACAUGUCAGAGGUGUGUUUCAAGGCUCCCGAGAUGUUCGGUCUUGCAUUGUGAAGAACAAAACCGUAAAGCUCCAGAGGAUGUGGGAGCAGGCGGUGAUAACGAGCAGCACCGUAGACACAUUCGAGACUCCUGUGGGUACUCGGACUCAGACUCCAGCAGCUCAACAGAUUACUGCUACUACCACCGUCCUUACUGUGACUCCUGCCUGCAGCGAGGCUCCCUCCUGUACUCAGACAGCUCCUCAGACUCCUCUGACAGCGAGUAUGAUGACUACUUGAGCCUCUACCGCUCACCACGCCCUGUGGUAUUCAAAGAAGACCUCAAACCCACCUUCGUAUGAACACGUUUACUGCACUUUACACAUUUAUCCAGUUCCACAACUUGAAUGAAUAUCCUCAGAAAGGUUGCUAAAACUGAUGUAUUUCUGUGAUGGAGGGACAUUUGACAGUAGCUUACAGUAUAGGAACUUUACAUUCCAGAGAUUGGUGUUUUUCUGUGUUGCACCAUGGGUCACAGUGACUGAUUUAUAAGACUAAAACUUUUGUAGCUUAAAAACACAUGAUGCUGUUUACUUUUAUAGUUCCUUGUGGCAUUAUUUGUAUUAUUUGGAUUACUAUUUCUACUGUCUGAUGAAAACCUUUGACACUUACAGUACUGUGCAAAAGCCUUGAGUUACUCAUUUAUUUAUAUUUAGUUUCUUUUAAUUCUUUAAGUGGUUCUGAAGGACAUUCGCUUUUGGACAUUGGCUGCUUUUUCAUUCAUUUUUACACGAGUCCUUGGGCCUCACCACUUCCAGAGGAAUGUUCUUUUUCUGUGUUUGUUUUUUGUUAAUCUUUUUAACACUUACCUUUGAAUAAUUCAAACAUAAAAAGUGUUUGAUGACAAUGAUAACAGACAACUUAUCAAAAAAAAUAUUUUAAAUUGUAUGUUUAGGCACUUUGUUACUAGCAGCCGUUCCAAAAUGCAUAAUUUGUUUCCACUUCUUUAAUCCAUAAAAAAAAAUGCCAAAGAUAACACAUUUUGACAGAUAUAAAACAGUUUUUGCACCAACAAAUUGAUUCUCAAAGUGCUAUCAGCCUAAGAUAUUUCUUAUGAAUCAUAGUUUAAGUUUUCCUCAACAUAUAUGUGGGAGAUCAGGAGAGAGGUGCAACAGUGAGUGCCUACAGAAUUAUAAAUGCAGAAAAGUACCAUCAGCCUUUGAUCCACUAUAUAAUACCAUCUGGAAGCUUUUGAUUGGCAAUGACUUCAUUUUUCGAUGAUCCCGAACAUACUGCCAAAGCAGUACAAACAUAGCUGGAUAGAAAUGCACACAAUGCAACACUAUCGGUCAAGGAUUGGUCUCCCCAGAGCCCAGACAUCAACAUUACUGAAGCAAUGAGAGAUCAUCUAAACAGAGAAUGAACAAGAAAACUCCAAAGAAGAGUUACUUUUGUCCUUCAAGAAGCCUGGAGAACUAUUACUGAAGACUACUUAAAGAAAUUACAAGAAAGCUUGCCUAAGAGAGUCCAGCAUGUGUUAAAGAAUAAAGGCCGUCGUACUUGUACAAACUAUGUUUCUUUCCUUAUAUACUGUAUUUCUAUUUAUGUUUGCACCUAUUUCAUAUUUUCCCAGCAAAAUAUUAUGAACUGAAAAAAUCAGGACUUUUGCACAGAACUGUAGACAGGUGCUUUAUUAGUCAACUCAUAUAAGUUCUCAAAAUAUACUGACAGAAGAGACACAAUAAUGAAAAAUGACAUAAACAGAUGCAACAUAAAAGGUUUUCACAGAACAAAUGUGCGCUCUAUUAUCAAUUGUGCAAUUCUGUAUUUAUUUCUGUAUUUAUUUGUUGAUGUUUUGGUGCCCAGAAUUACUUUAUGUUUCUUUUAUUAUAAACAUUCCUUAAAAUGUUGUUAUGCUCCUUUGCUGAAUCUGAGUUUGAAUUUACAAUGUGCAUUCUGUGAAUGUGAGUGCUGACGUGAUGUUAAAUACUAAACCUCACCUUUAUAUGAUUUCCAUGUUAAAUGCAACAUUUUCCCUGAGUUAAAA